AUGUCAACCACACAAACAAUCACCGUCCCCCACCUCGGCGGCAUAACCGCCUCCUACCGCCUCACCCCCUCCUUCUCCGCCUCCAAACCCACCCUCAUCCUCGUAAACUCCUUCCUCACCACCUCCGCCCUCUUCGACUCCUUUUUCAACAACGAUGCCCUCACCUCCCGGAUGAACCUUUUGGCGAUCGAGCUGCUGGGACAUGGCGGCACGAGAGCGCAUGAGGCGGAGCACUGGACGUAUUGGGAUACUGCGGUGAUGAAUUUGCAGGUUAUGGAGGGGUUGGGGGUUGAGAAGGCGGUGGUGAUGGGAACGAGUCAGGGGGGGUGGGUUACGGUAAGGAUGGCGCUUUUGGGCGGAAGUAAGAUCCAAGGCAUAAUCCCUCUCGGAACAUCCCUCGACUACGAAUCUGAACGCAGUCGCCAACUCGGCUGCUGGCAGGCCUUGGAUGCUCUCGCCCACCUCAUCACGGGCGAGUUCGGCACGAAGGACAACCAGCCCACUCCCGACUUUGUACCUACCAAGGAAUUCGCCGAGUUCCUCAUUAGUCAAGGGUUUGGUGAGAAUUGCUCCGCGGAGACCAAGGAAUUUUGGACGCAGCAGCUUCAGAAGAAUUAUGCGGGUGAUGAAGGGAGGAAGAGGAUGAGGAUGGCGGCGAUUAAUCUGAGGGAUAGAGAUGGAUUGCAUUUGAGGGCUGAGGAUGUCCGCUGUCCGGUUUUGUGGCUGCAUGGAACAAAAGAUGUAGUAUAUACCGUUGCAAACGCCCAAGAAGAAAUCAAGCUCUUCAAAAACUCGCCCGAUGCCCGGCUCGAACUAAUCGAAGGCGGCGAGCACUUUUUGAAUUCCUCGAACCCAAACGAGGUCAUGGAUCAUACGAUUGCUUUUGUAGAGAAGUACGCCAAGUAG